AUGCCGCAGAUUACUGAGAUCUUUUUCGACUGCGACAACACCCUCGUCCUCUCGGAAGAGCUAGCCUUCGAGGCAUGUGCCGACCUCGCCAAUGAAAUUUUGGAGAAGCAGAAUAUUCCGGAUCGCUACACCGGAGAGCAGCUUAUCCAAGAUUUUGUGGGUCAGAACUUUCGAGGAAUGAUGGUCUCCCUCCAGGCCAAGUACAAGUUCGAGUUGUCACAGGAGGAGCUCGAGGAAUAUGUGAAGAAGGAGGAGGACAAGGUCAUCGCCAAGCUGACUGACAAAGCUCAGCCAUGUGUGGGUGUUAACGCUGAACUUGACAAGCUUCUCGAGUCCAAGAAGUAUGGUCUAGCAGUGGUCUCUUCGUCUGCUUUGCGCCGUGUCCGUGCUUCGAUCACGAAGGUCGGACAGGACAAGUAUUUCGACAAAGAUGCUGUGUUCAGCGCAGCCACCUCUCUUCCCAAGCCAACUUCGAAGCCGGAUCCGGCUAUCUACAUCCAUGCCCUUGAAGUGCGCAAGAAGAAGCCUGAAGAGGUGGUCGCUGUCGAGGACAGCAAGUCUGGUGCACUGAGUGCCAUUCGUGCUGGAAUCCCAGUCAUUGGUUAUGUCGGAAGCUACCACGGUGACGCUAAGCAGUUGGAAAUGUCCCAACUUUUGCAAGGGCUGGGUGCCAAGGUUAUCAUGAAGGAUUGGAGCGAAUUCCAGAAAUGUCUCUCCGAAAUCGAGGAGUCCUGA